AUGCUCUUCCUCCUGGACACGUCCGCUUCCAUGAACCAGCGCACCGAGCUGGGGACCACCUAUCUGGACGUAGCAAAAAACGCCGUGGAGGUUUUUUUGAAGCUCCGCUCGCGGGACCCCAGCAGCCGGGCAGACAGGUACAUGCUGGUCACCUCCGAAGAUCCGCCCUACUGCAUCAAGUUCCCCACAGUCCGGGCUGUGCUGAAAAAACGGAAGAAACCAAGGAGGGGGGGUGAGGAGGCCAAGAGUGAGCUAACCAAAGAACCUUUUCGCUGGGACCAGAGAUUAUUUGCCCUGGUGUUGCGUAUUCCUGGGACGUUCUCGCCCGACCCAGAGCCGCUAGGGAGCGUACCAAUGGAUGACUCUGUUAUUACACAACUGUGUGAAAUUACAGGAGCUUUAGCGGUGUCCCUGCUCAAAUUUGGUGCUGCCAAUUGCAUCCGGUCAUUGUUAAAUGGCCCAAAUGUACCCUGCGACACCCCAAAGUCACUAACGUCCUCUGACCAACAGCAGUGGCACAGUAGCCGAAAGCUCAUUUAUGUGCGCGCUAACCCUAAAACCGGGGUUCCUGUUGGGCACUGGCCAAUUCCUGAAUCUUUUUGGCCUGACCAAAACUCACCCACACUGCCUCCUCGGACAGCUCACCCUACCAUUCGAUUCCUCUGUGUAGACCGUGAGCCCAUGGUCAUAGACAAACUGCCUUUCGACAAAUAUGAACUUGAAGCUUCUCCAUUAACUCAGCACAUCUUGGAGCGCAAGUCGCCUGUGACUUGUUGGCAGGUAUUUGUGGCUAACAGCGGGAAGCACAGUGACAUGGAGCACCCCUUUGGGUACCUGAAGGCGAGCACCUCUUUAACAUGUGUCAAUCUCUUUGUCCUGCCUUACAACUACCCUGUCUUACUCCCACUUUUAGUUUAUGACAAGACCUCAGCACAAAAUGAAGCGCUCUGGAGACCAUCAUUCUAUGGGAUCCUCAAGGAAGCGGCGAAGCUUGUCCCCAUCUACGUCAAAGAAAUCACACACCUCCAGUGGAAAGGCAGCUUUGGCAUCGAGGUCAUUGGCAAACCUAUCGAGGUCAUCGGCAUCCCCAUCGAGGUCGUCGUCUUCCCUGUCGAGGUCGUCAUCAUCCCCGUCGAGGUCGUCGUCAUCCUCGUCGAGGUCGUCGUCAUCCUCGUCGAGGUCAUCGGGAUCCUCGUCGAGGUCAUCGGGAUCCCCGUCGAGGUCAUUGGGACCCCCAUCGAGGUCACCAACAUCCCCGUCGAGGCCAUUCUCAUCGAGGGCGUUGCUAUCGAGGGCAUUCUCAUCAAGGGCAUUCCCAUCGGUGAUAUCGGCAUCGCAGGCAUCAGCAUCGGUGCCAUCGGCAUCGCAGGCAUCAGCAUCGGUGGCAUCGGCAUCAGAAGCAUCAGCAUCGGUGGCAUUGGCAUCGAUGGCAUCGGUGGCGUCAAUGGCAUCGACAGUAUCGCCAUCAGAGGCAUCAGCAUCGGUGGCAUUGGCAUCGAUGGCAUCGGUGGCAUCGAUAGUAUCGGCAUCAGAGGCAUCAGCAUCAGUGGCAUUGGCAUCGAUGGCAUCGGUGCCAUCAACAGUAUCAGCAUCAGUGGCAUUGGCAUCAAUGGCAUCGAUGGCAUCGACAGUAUCGGCAUCAGAGGCAUCAGCAUCGGUGGCAUUGGCAUCGAUGGCAUCGGUGGUAUCGACAGUAUCGGCAUCAGAGGCAUCAGCAUCGGUGGCAUUGGCAUCGAUGGCGUCGGUGGUAUCAACAGUAUCGGCAUCAGAGGCAUCAACGUCGGUGGCAUUGGCAUCGGUGGCUCCGACAGCAUCAGAGGCAUCGGCAUCGGUGGCACUGGCAUCGAUGGCAUCAGUGGCAUCAACAUCGAUGGCAUCGUCAUCGUCAUCAGGAGCAUCAAUGGUAUCGGCAUUGACAUCAGGAGCAUCAACAUCGAUGGCAUCGGCAUCGACAUCAGGAGCCUCGGCAUCGACAUCAGGAGCCUCGGCAUCGACAUCAGGAACAUCAGCAUCGGAGGCACCAUCGACAUCGACAUCGUCAUCAUCAUCUGCUGGUCUCAAAAGACCCGUCCCAUUAUACAAAGGUUUAAAAAACGAAUUCUAAUCCAGCGCCUUGAGACACCGCUAGAAGACGACACUUCAACAGCUUCCCAACGUAUACCAUUAAUGAUGACCAAGAAGAAGUAACAGUUGAAUUUCCAGAUUAACACUGAGAAAUGACAGACUUACCGCUCUCUUAUUAUAAUGAUCAAAUCCAGUUUAAUUUCUGCCUUUGCCUGUAAGGUGACUUUAUAAUACAAGAGUCUGAGUUCAGCUAUGAUAGCAUUCUAAUUUGACGACUCUUGGCCAGCAGAAGCUGGCAUGUGUAGCCAUAGUAAUUUUCUCCUAGGGAGUGGGGUGGGAUUUUUUUUUCCUGUGAAGGGUGAAAGCCCCCUUUGGAAGGCUGACAAGUACCUUUGCAUAAAGCGGGUGCCCCCUGAACAGACCCAUGGCCUUUCUUUUGAAAGAGCAUCUACCCCACUCUCAGCCACCAUGUAUUCAAAAGUCAUUGUCAUUGCCACAGGCCUAAUAUCAUGAAAUAUUAUUUGUUGUGCUUUUAAAGUCCUACUUUGAUGUUGGUUGUUUUUAUUAGCUCUAUCUGUUCCUCUCCCUACCCAACUCACCUUCCCUUAGGAAAAAGAUCAUUUAAACAAAACCAAAUGAGUUGGACAACUUAUGCAACAUUCCACCAGACCCCCUAAUUUCUCAUUUUACCAAUGGAAAGAGAGAAGUUUAGCUCAGCCGUACUUUUUAAAUGAUGCGGGUUUCUGGGUAUCCUGACCUGGAGAGUAAAUCAACCUGCUAAUUGGGUAUUAAUGAAAAAACAAGGCAGCCCUAGUCCUUUUUCCUAGCACUGGUUGCACCUUCUCUCAUACUCGCUGACUUACUUCUCUCCUCCUGGACUCUACUGUAGUCCAGCUGUACUAGCCUAUUUCUUGAUUCUCUCCCAUGCAACUCUCCAUUUUAGUCAUCUCAGUACCUUUGUGCUGGCUUAUCGCCAUGCUCAGAAUGUUUUCCUUCACCUCCCCCACUUGGAAUCCUUCAAGAUAGACAGCCCAAACGAAUUCGACUUCAGGAGACCUUUUUCCGGCCCCCCGACCCACCAAGUCCCCUGCCCUUUCCCCCUCUCUCCCCCAAGUCUGCCAAAUCCACUCUCUCCUCAACUCCAGCCGCCAGUGUCUUUGCUGCUCAGGUUAUCUUAUACCUACUCUCUAUGGAUCUUGUAUAUGCCUAUAUGUGUACAUUUUGUCUGUCCCUUUAGAAUGUAAACUCUUUGAGAACGGGGAGAGUUUUCCCUAUUUCUUUGUAUUCCCAGUGCUUACAACAAUAUCUGGCACACAUAUGCUUAAUAAAUGUAUCUGGAUCAAUUCCCCCCUGCCAAUCCCUUGAAUAUUCUCUCUCAAACUCUGUUUUGCUUCGUUUACAGAUUGUGUGAAAAAUAGAUUUGAAAUUUCCCAGAUCCCUGACUUCAGCUUUCUUUUCAUCCUCUGAGGAUGACGCUUCUCAAGGCAGACAUGUAUUCACUGUGCUUUAUAAAUGCUAAAGUUUUUCAUGUUCUACAAGAAAUUAUUUUUGAGCAGUACUGUUAAAAGUCAUUAAUUCUGUGACAAUUGUAUCUGUUUACAAAUAAACUUUGGACUCAACUCAUUUUCUUAUUCCUAAAA